GCUGUGAGCACAUGAUGAUGCCAUCUCAUAUAAAAUAUACAAAAACAUACUUUAUUGUAUUAGCAGCUUCUACAGCCACUGGAAGAACCCUAAUUCUCUAAACCAACCCAAUGUCACGACGCGAGGGUCGGGAAACUGACUCCAGACGACACCGUUCUAGAUAUCACCGAGAACCCAGUCCUAAAAAGCCUAGAAGGGAUGGGAAACCUGCAACAGAAAAAGUACCCAGCAGCAAUAAUUUGGAUGUUGAAGACCAUGUAGAUCAGGAUCAAACACGCCGCCACUGGCUACGAGAUGCAUUACCACUUGGGACUCCAUCUGCACCUGAUUCUAAGGUUGAAACUGGUUCUCUUACCAAAGAAACUGCCCAGAACCCCAGUAUUCUGGAGAAAAACAAGCAUUCUUCUGAUCCAACUGAUAUACCACGCUAUCAAACUUAUUUUCAGCACCAUGAGCGUGGUAAUGCCGCGCAAGUUGGUCAAAGCUUUAGUCGUGGAGCUACUUCUGAUCGAGAAUGGCGGAGGGAUUCAAGGAUUCAAAGAGAUGAAAGAGCUGCUGACAAGAAUGAAGCAUAUGAUACACAGCUAAGAGAUGAAAAAUCACAAGGUAAAGGGGUUAACAGCAGUGUUUGGCACCAUGAUGAAUACUUCAAAUUGGAGACUGAUCCACCACCACCUGCCCAGAAAAGACGAGCAUUUAGGGAAGAGAAGAUCUCAUUGAACUCUAAUAUUGUAGAUAAAACAGCAGAAGAAUCAGUCAAUGUAAGGAAUCCUGUACGAGGAAUUGAUAGAAGGGAGCAGAGGGUUCAUGACUCCCACCAUUCAGAUAGAGCGGAGAAGCCAUCUUCAGGAGAUAGGUUGCCAAACAGGGGAGAAGCACAAAGGGUUGGGUAUCUUUCGAGACAGAGGUAUGUCAACAGUGGUCGUGGUGAUUUUAGGGGAAGAGAUAGAUUUGAUGGAAGGCAAGGGCUUCGCCCAAAUGGUGCUGGAGGUGAAAAGUGGAAGCAUGACCUGUUUCAAGAUGCUAACAGGAGUCCCAGUCCAAAGGAUGAAGAAGAUCAGAUUGCAAAAGUGGAAGCACUCCUAGCUUCAUAGUAAUUAGCAACUUCAGGUUUAUAUUAGAUUACCGUUUGCAAUGCUUUUUGUGGUUUGGUUUUGAAGUUUUCAUUUGAUACAAAAAUACAGUAAUGGUCUCAGAUAGUACAAGUUUUUUGCUUGUGUUCAUGAAUACACUAUGUUUUGCCGACCUUCCUGAAUGGACUAUUUUCAAGGUUUCACUUUCACCUUCAUGAAUGGACUACAUUCAGAAUUUGAUCUUUUUUCA